CUCCGUGCCCCUUGGCCAGCUGGGCAGUCGUGUUCUCCAGCCUGCGUUCUGAGACGAGGUCUCGGUGCCCACUGAAAGGAGCCCGCACGUGGACGCCCGUGAGUAGGUGAACCUCACGGUCAUGGUGCGGAACGUGGACGACCUGGACUUCCACCUGCCCUCGCAUGCCCAGGAUGUGCUGGAUGGCCUGCAGCGGCUGCGCUCGCAGCCCAAGCUGGUGGACGUCACGCUGCUGGUGGGCGGCCAGGAGCUGCCCUGCCACCGCGGGCUCCUGGCGCUGAGCAGCCCCUACUUCCACGCCAUGUUCGCCGGCGACUUCGCGGAAAGCUGCUCGGCGCGCGUGGAGCUGCGGGACGUGGAGCCCGCCAUGGUGGCUCAGCUGGUGGACUUCGUGUACACGGGCCGGCUGACCGUCACCCAGGGCAACGUGGAGGCACUGACCCGCACGGCCGCGCGCCUGCACUUCCCCGCCGUGCAGAAGGUCUGCGGCCGCUACCUGCAGCAGCAGCUCGACGCCACCAACUGCCUGGGCAUCUGCGAGUUUGGGGAACAGCAGGGGCUGCUGGGCGUGGCCGCCAAGGCCUGGGCCUUCCUGCGGGAGAACUUCGAGGCCGUGGUCCGGGAGGACGAGUUCCUCCAGCUGUCCCAGGAGCGGCUGGCUGCCUGCCUGGCCGGUGACCUGCUGCAGGUGCAGCCAGAGCAGAGCCGGCUGGAGGCCCUGCUGCGCUGGGUACGCCACGACCCCCAGGUCCGGGCCGCCCACCUGCCCGAGCUGCUCGGCCUGGUGCACCUGGAUGCCGUGCCCAGGCCCCAUGUGCAGCAGCUGCUGGCCUCGGAGCCGCUGAUCCGGGAGUCCGAGGCCUGUCGGGAGGCCCUGGUCCAGGGCCACGAGGGGGCGCUGCUGGCCCUCCCGCAGAAGCUGGAGGAGGUCCUGGUGGUGGUGGGCGGGCGGGCACUGGAGGAGGAGGAGGAGGGAGCCGAGGAUCUGGACCCCCAGGCCGGGAACUUCGCCUUCUACCACACCAAGGCCAAGAGGUGGAUGGCCCUCCCGGAUUUCCCCGACCACCACAAGUGGGGUUUCUCGCUGGCGGCGCUCAACAACGACGUCUACGUGACAGGGGGCUCUCGGGGCUCCAGGACGGACGCGUGGUCCACGACGGAGGCCUGGUGCUUCCCCCUGAAGGAGGCCACCUGGAGGCCGGUGGCACCCAUGCUGAAGGCCCGCACAAACCACGCCAGCGCCGCGCUCAAUGGGGAGAUCUAUGCGGUCGGAGGCACCACUCUGGACGUGGUAGAGGUGGAGAGCUAUGACCCCUUCACGGACACCUGGACGCCCAUCCGCCCGGCCCUCAAGUACGUCAGCAACUUCUCGGCGGCCGGCUGCGGGGGCCGACUCUACCUGGUGGGCUCCAGCGCCUGCAAGUACAACGCCCUGGCUCUGCAGUGCUACAACCCNGGGUCCUAAACCUAUGCCUGGAGCGUGAUCGCCUCGCCCUUUCUCCCCAAGUACCUGUCCUCUCCACGCUGCGCCGCGCUGCAUGGGGCGCUCUACCUGGUGGGGGACAACACCAAGAAAGUUUACGUGUACGACCCCGGGGCCAACCUGUGGCAGAAGGUGCAGCCCCUGCACAGUCUGCACGAGAACGGGGCGCUGGUGCCGCUGGGGGACGCACUCUAUGCCACGGGCGGCCGCUGGCAGGGCAUGGCUGGGGACUACCGCGUGGAGAUGGAAGCCUACGACCGCGGCCGGGACGCCUGGGUCCGCCUUGGCGCCAUGCCCCGCCUCUGGCUCUACCACGGGGCGUCCGCCGUCUUCCUGGACGUCUCCAAGUGGACCCAGCCCUUCGGGCCCGCCCCAGAGCCCUGA